GUAAUCUGUCCGUUCUUCUUUUUCUUCAUCUUCUUCUGCUCCUUCUUAUUAUUACAUCUUUCUUUCUUUUUUUUUAUUAAUGCUUUAAUUUAUGUUGUUGUGUAGACUGUGUAAGAGAAAGUUUCCGCUGGUGAUGUAAGUUCGCUUUGCUCUUUUCUACAGCAUUGUGCGCUUUUGCACUGUUGCAGUGUCGUCACCACGUUGCAUCAGCAGUCUCUGCACUCGGCUCACGUCACCGAAAGACAUGAAAGACCCGACAAACCCCGAGCGAAAGGGUUUCUGUGUGUAAACUCGCUUUCGGUUUGUAAUCGAGCGGGGAAAGAUCUGAACGACUCGGUGUCGAUUGUCCCGCAGGUAAGAUUGAAAUAUCUGUACUUUGUUGUUUUUGUUUUGUUUUUUGUUUUUGAGCAAAAAUCUGUUCGCUGUAACGACUCGUUCGCUACAGUGUAACAAUCCUGGUGUUCUGUACAGAGGGAGAAGUCUUACAGGAGUCACUUAGCGAUCUAGUGGAUUUAAAUCUGUCGGCGAUUAAACACGUCAUAAAUCUCUGUAAAACAAACAAACAAACAAACAAACAACAUGCUGUAUAAUGUGUUAGUUUGUAGUUUGUAGUUAGAUGUCGUUUUCCUAUGCUAUGCUAAGUCGGCUCAGUGGAAAGUGAAAGCGAAAUCGGGGGUGGCUGAAGGAGCUCGCUGGGGAUUUCUCACCGCGUCCCGGUGGCUCGAGCUUCGAGUUACGGCCCCGCUUCGUUUUCCCUUUCCAUAUACAUGAGGAUAAAACCCAGCGAGCUGCACCAUGUCUCCAACAAGCUCAACCAGCCGAGAGCGCGAACAUGGACACCAAACAAUCAUGGAUCUGUCUUUAUUUUCUGCUGUUUUUCAUCGUGCAGGAGCGAAGCGAAGCCUGCGACUGGAUGAUCAGCCAGUACAGAGCGAAGAACAACUUCUGUUUGUCACUGCUGCAGGAAAUGGGUGGAGAGAUUGUUCAAGUGAAUGGUCCAUUCCCACAUCAGGCAUACAGUGAAAUCGAGAAGGCCAAGGCAGAAGAUCAGGUGAGGUUUCUGGCUGAGGCCACGGAGCAGAUCAUCAGUCUCUUCAGUGCUGUGUCUCAUGUGGACAGGGCACUGGAUGAUUUCCUGAACAUACUUAAGACCCGGCAGUUAACAGAGCUUACAAAAUGUACAUCGACAUAUGCUAAAAGAGGACGCUCACCCACUGAGAACAAACUGAGAGAACACUUCAGGGAGUUGAAGAAUUUCUGGAAAAAAGCUAACUACAGCGCAGACUCUUUGGAGCGAAUCAGGAAUGUGGUACGGCGUCACCUUUGGCGGAUGGACUUCGUUGCUGCCAAUGUGAAGCAUAAACUACUGAAAAGGACCAACUAAAAAAAUCCUGCUAGUUUUGUUAAAGAAGAACAAACAGAAUAUUUAACCGGAUAUGUUAUUAUUGUCUAGAAAUUGGACCAAAUAUGGGACCAAAAGGCUUACUGAAUCUGUCAUGUUUAAAUGUCUUAAUUGAAUUCAUGUAUCCUUUUGAUUUGGCUGUUGAUAAUCUUAUUUAUGUAUUUAUUUAUUUAUUUAUUUAUUCCUUAUGCAUGUAUGUAUUUGUUUAUUUAUUAGCAUAAGGUGAUGAGGAAACACUGUUAUAUUGUUAUUUUUCUACGGGUUUGUUUUGAUGGUCAAUUUCACUGAUUCAAGAAACAAACAAAAAAAUAUCAUAUUGAUAAAUGAAUUAAAAAAAUAUUUUUUUACCCAUUAAA